AUGCAUGCCAUCUCACAGUCACUCGCCCACCGCGGCCCGGGAGCCACUCGCUCCCGGGCGCGUUGGCAGCCCUACGCCGCUCAGUUAUCGUCUUCCGCUCGAUCCACCCCUCACACUCAGCCUCAACAAUUCCUAAACACUCCUGCGUCAUGUGUAACAGUAUCUCCCUCAUCCCCGAUUACAACGAAACCAAUUUCCUCCCUUUGUGACCCGCGAAAUCCCCCUCAACAACCUCAACCGCGCGAUGUCCAUGCCCAACUCCGCGAAAUCCACCGCGCGCGCCUCGUCAACGGACUAGUUGACCAAGCUGUCAAGUCCCUCUCGGACAUAUGGCCCGAAGACGAUAUACCCGCGGUAUUCAAGACGUCUGGACACGCUCGCGCGGCUGACGCGCCCUCGACACCAGCUGCUGCUGAUCCCUCCCUUCGACCUCGGAAUCUGAACAUGCAGCUGCCGUCCCCGAUUUCGCCCCAUACGCGGUCGCCGGCCUACCAGCCGCACGUUGCACCACCGAAUCCCCCCUCCGCCUCCGCAACACCGACACCCGUCGGGACCGGCAGCUCCACCGCGCCCCUCGUCCCUCUCCGACAGUUUGUCCUCGAGGUGCUCCGCCGCUCAAAGACCUCCGCGACUGUCCUCCAGACUGCAUUGUGCUACAUCGCCGCCGUGCGACCCAAGAUCCCGGAACUCGUCGCACGCGAGAAGGCCGGCCUAGGCGACGCCGACGCGAUGCCGAUGGAGGAGCGCAUCACUGUCGAGAUACCGACCGACAACGAGCAGAUCAACGCGGACGAUGUCAACAAGGCGCAGAAGACCGCAAUCAGCGACGACGGCAAGACCGAAUGUUACGUUCCCCAGCUACAGAUGUGCACACCGCGAUCCGAAGGGUGCGAUACCGUCCGCAUCGCGGACGACGAACGCCCCGCGGGUCCGGCACGCGCCGCCAGCUUCGGAGCCGAACCGUUCACCCUCGCCAAACCAAGCAACGUCGACGCGUUCUCGACCUCCCCGACCUUUGCGUCCCAAACGACGCUGCCGCCUCUCCCCCCGCUCCCGAGCACCCUCCUCUGCCCGCGCCGCACCUUCCUAGCUGCGCUCAUCCUCGCCUCCAAAUUCGCCCUGGACAGGACCUACUCGAACAAGGCAUGGGCCCGCCUCGCCGGCCUUCCCCCCCGCGAGAUUGGCAGAUGCGAGCGCGCCCUUGGCAGCGCUCUCGAGUGGCGCUUAUGGGUCGGCAAACUUCCGGGCGGCGUCAACGCGUCCGUGUUGGGCAAACGCGCGGUUGGUAGAUGCCGCAGCGAGAGCGACUUGUUCGCCAGGGCGGGUAGGGAUAACGCGGUGCCCUCCGUCACGGAGGCCAUCGACUCUGGCGCGCUUGCGCCCCCGAAUCCCAACGUCUGCUCCUUGCCGAACAUCGGACGAUCUCUCGGACGUGCGGCCACCUUGCCCUCUCUGUCGCUGCCCUCUGUGCCUGAAGGCUGCGUUGCGAGGCUCGAUCAGUCGAGUUACUCGUCGACGUCGAUGUAUGCACAGGCCUUUUGGCCAGCCGCUACAUCCGCCGCGCCGCCGCUGUACUCCAACGGCUUCCGUUCGGCCGCGUCGACCCCGAUGGACACUAGCAGUCCGUCCACCGCAUUCACCCCGCCGCUCACGCUAUCGCCGACAAGCACCAUCUCAAGCUCUGGCUCUGCCGGCGACGAUCCGACCCGGACGAUUCAGAUGUCUUCGUUCAGCGACGUCGAGUCGCCCAUGGCGCCGUAUGCAUAUCCGGGCCCCAAAACGUACCCGUACCAGCACGGCGGCGCCCUCGCGAGGACCUACGAGCAAGAUGCAUCUCCGAUGUCGGUGGCAGCGGGCGAAUCACCAUACUACGGGUUUCCGCUCGGGGCGGUGCCGCAUUGGCACACCACCACGACUGGGGUCGCAAAGCAGCAAAACCAAACGAAUCAGGUCGCGAUCUAUCAUCUUUACCAGCAGCAAGCGUCGGGUGGUCGCAUAUACGGGACCGUCGACAGACAGGGAUCCUCCUAG